CGCCAUCUUGGCUCGACAGAUCGAAUGCCGCUGAGAAGAGCGAGCCCCAGGAACGGGGUGCUUAGCAGAUCCAGGUGGGGGCUCGACAGUUCGGCUCCGAGGCGGGGCUGAGGUUUCAAGCGCCCCCGAGCCUUGUCUUCGAAAGGAAGGCUUCGCGGCAGCUCUCUCCUGGCCCUCCCUGGUUUCAACGUCGUGAGUGCAAGGGAAGCCCGGGCCCAGCCACCAAGUAUGUUUCAUGGAAUCCCUGCCAAUCCCGGAAUGGGAGCCCCUGGGAAUAAGCCCGAGCUGUAUGAGGAAGUGAAGCUGUACAAGAAUGCCCGGGAAAGAGAGAAGUAUGACAACAUGGCAGAGUUAUUUGCUGUGGUGAAGACGAUGCAAGCCCUGGAGAAGGCAUACAUCAAGGACUGUGUCACCCCUAAUGAGUACACUGCAGCCUGUUCCCGACUCUUGGUCCAGUACAAAGCCGCCUUCAAGCAGGUGCAAGGCUCAGAAAUCAGUUCCAUUGAUGAGUUCUGCCGAAAAUUCCGUCUUGAUUGCCCACUAGCAAUGGAGAGGAUCAAGGAGGACCGACCAAUCACCAUCAAGGAUGACAAGGGCAACCUCAACCGAUGUAUUGCUGACAUUGUCUCGCUCUUUAUCACUGUGAUGGAUAAACUCCGUCUGGAAAUCCGUGCCAUGGAUGAGAUCCAGCCUGAUCUUCGAGAAUUAAUGGAGACCAUGAACCGCAUGAGCCACUUGCCUCCUGACUUUGAGGGUCGACAGAAAGUCAGCCAGUGGCUCCAGACCCUGAGUGGCAUGUCUGCUGCAGAUGAGCUGGAUGAUUCUCAGGUCCGACAGAUGCUGUUUGAUUUGGAGUCUGCCUACAAUGCCUUCAACCGCUUUCUGCAUGCCUAAGCCUCAAGGCUCUUGGUCCAUCCUACUCGGCUGCAGUUUGAGAGCCAGGACCAUGAAUUAUAGGGCUAGGAUCCCUGACUUGUGGGUAGGAGCCUAGAAUAAACUGCUUACUUCUCCCCUUUCUUUCAGCUUAGUGUGGUAGGAAUUGGGAGGAGACCUGUCUCAGGGUUGCAUGAGAAUGUUUUUCCUUCACCACUUCUCCAAGAGAUGAUGGGAAGUGGUGGGCUGGGAUUCAUUCCUACCAGAGCAUUCUGCUUGGGCUGCCUCAGCCCUUAUAACCCAGGGUGCAUUAACACUAGUCACUCCUGCUCACAGAUGGUGUCUGAGCCAAGGCAUCAAGAACUCUUGGGUUCCUUGGAGAGUGCUUUUUCCUCUUCUUUCCUUCUUUUCAACUCCAUAUAACCCACAUCUACCACUAGCCACUUAAAUCUCUGUAAGUUGGAAGAAGGGAGAAUGGGUGUGGGCUUAAAGAGGAAGUAUUCUAGAUGACCGGAGUUCAAAGGUGGCCUCAGAUACCUAGUAAUAGUAUGUGAUCCUGGACAAGUCACUCUUUCAGUCUCAGUUUCCUCAACUGUAAAAUGGCAUUAAUAUCAGUGCUCACCUCCAAGGGUUGUGUUAAGAUCAACUGAGAUGAUAGAUAUUUGUAAAAUGCUUGGCACUUGUCUGACGCAGGGUAAGCACUAUAUGAAUGCUUAUUCCCCUCCUUUAUUUCUCUUAAAUCCUUGCAGUGGAAUUAAUUAUUGGAACUUGAUUUAUAUUCCUCUGACUCCUUGAGAUUUUUUGAUUUUAGACCUUUUUCCAGGGAAGGUUCUACUGAAUCAAGUCAACCCCACUUCCCUAAAGCAGUUUACAAAGUCAGGUAUCUUUCUUUGAACAGGUCAGAGACGUACAAAGGACCCAGUACUGUCUGGGCCUACAGGGUAGGUCACUUGAUACCCCAAGCCUGCCCACCUUCUAGUCUCUGCAAGAGUGGUCUGGGGGCAUAAUAUGAUGUGAAUUAGAGUCUAAAAUCACUUUAUCCAGUGCGAUAAUCCCAGAGAUCUUCCAUAUCCGGGGAAACCCAUCUCCAGUCUAUAAUCCCCAUUCAACCUAAAUUUCCAUUGUCUGUCUCUGUUGCUCACUUCUGUCAGUAUAUAAGGCUAUAGUCCUCCCUGUGUAAGAAGAAACAACUCUGGGAGCAGUGGUGAGGCUCUCUGAGACUUAUUCUCCACAGGUAAUUGUCCUUAAUCCAAACCUACUAUGUACCCCAACUCCCAGAUUAUUAUGCAUUAUUCUCAGUGCAAGAACCACUUUAGUAAGAAGUUCUGUAGAAGAUGAAUGAUCAGGCCAGACGAGACACUAUGGUCUUUUUCCAGCUCUGAUUCAUGAGUGUUAGGCUUUGGCCUUCCUUCCUUGUAUUCUUGAAUUUGAAAUGAACGUGAGCCUUUGACACAAGAAACCCUGACUCCAUUAGAUGGAUGAACAGUUGGAUAGAGCAGAGGUCACCAAGUUAUUAACACUAGAAAGACCAGGAAUGUUAGUUGAUGUAAAACUCUUUAUUAUAAAUUUAUUUUGAAAUUAAAAUUUUAUUCUGA